UCUCCAGCUUUGAGGAGCCAGUCAAUCAGGGGCAGGCACAGCUAAAGGAGAGGCAUGAGAAAGGGGGAGAGGAAACACUGACACUGGCUGCUGAGGAUGUACUGGCAGGCAAGAAAUGCUCCCCAUGGCCACAGUUAAGUUGGUGGAGGGAUGGAUGGAGUGACGGAGCUGCCUGAGCCAUGAAAGCAGGAACCAACAUGAAGAUUGCUCAGAAGACUGUGUAUGUUUUUGUGCUGCUCGCCACCACCAUGGUCAUGAGAUUGGCAGGGAACCACAUAGUGUCAGUGACCAUAGGCAACAGCUCAGUUCUCACCUGCCCUAUCCAAGGACAAAUAAGUAUGCUAAUAUGGAAAAUAACCCCCAAGGUCGGAGGACUCUGCACCUUGGUAUACAGGACUGAUACAAACAUGACACACAAAACAAACUGCAGUGACAACAUGAACUGGACAUUCAGUGCAGAUCUGGCUCCUGCCCUUGAGAUACAGCAAGUGGGAAUAGCCCAGGAAGGAAAUUACAGCUGUGAAGUGGCAUCAACAGAAGGGAAUUUUCACACAACGUACCACCUGACUGUGCUGGCCCCGCCGAGGCUGAGCCUGUACUGUGACGAGCAGGGCAGCCCCGUGUGCGAGGCCGCGGCGGGGAAGCCGCCGGCGCAGCUCUCCUGGCUCCCGGAGAGCAGCUCCAGCACGGAGGAGAAGUGCCACGACAAUGGGACAGUGACUGUUCUCAGCAAGUUCACGGCCUGUAGCACCAAUGGAACCAAUGUGACCACCUGCGUGGUGUCCCACCCAGCUGGGAACUGGAGCCAGUCCAUAGCCUGCUGCUCCUCAGAGAAAACCAACUUUUUCCUGUAUGCCUGCAUCAUUUGUGUUCUGAUCAUUACCACCUUGUUGGCUGUCAUUUACUGUUUCAAGCUCCACAGCGAUAGACUAUGCCACAAAACCAAGCCUCCUGAAAUUGCUCCUAUACAUUCCCAACAGGAUGACACGAUGGAAGUGGAACCUUAUACUACUUAUGUGCAGAAGGAAAAUGUAAUUUACAACUCAGUGUCUGAUCUGACAGUGAGGCAGAAUCUUCCACAAGACCUGUGUCCAGAAACAUGAAUGAUUCAACAACACCAGAAAAGGAAAGAGAUACUUUAUAGAAGACUGGUUAUAGAAAGAAAUUUCUCAGAGGAUUUCUUCAGCUUUUGGGGCAGCAUAGAUCACUGGGUCUGCUCAAACAACUCUUCUUGCUGAUGAGUCCAUAGUUCCUUUUUCCCCCGUUUUGCUUUCUUCCUUGGAAGAUGUGACUGACCACACACCACAGAUUUUCCUGGAAAAGAAGUUGUGACCAGUCUUCCCUUCUCUGUGCUUGUCGUGGAGAUCCUAUUUUGUCAGUCACUUGUAGUUGUUACUUUAUGCACUUGACACUAUGAUGCACACAUUUGGGAGAUCAGAGGAGUGUUCUGUCUGAACUAAAACAAAACACUCUUCUACCAACAGCCACUUUUUUCUAAUACAUUUGUUAGUAACACAUGACAUGGGGACUGAUCAUCACUGAAUACCUCAAAUAGCAAAAGGUAGGGAAGACUUGGUUCUUAAAAUGAAAAUAAGGGACAAAUUUAGAAGGUCAUUCACUGAGAAGGCGACUGCACUAGCAUGACUAAUUCACUUGCUAGGUUCAUAUCCAGUAUUUCGAGAUGCCAUUAUGGGAUGACAUACAGAAGAAUCUGGACAAGUUCAAUAAGUGGGCCAAUGGGAAUCUCAUGACAUUUAACAAGACCAAAUGCAAGGUCCUGUACCUGGGUUGGGAAAACCCGUGGUAUCAGCACAGGCUGGGGAUGAACAGAUUGAGAGCAGCCCUGAGGAGGACUUGGGGUGGAUGAGAGGCUGGCCAUGACCCAGCAAAGUGCAUUUGCAUCCCAGAAAACCAAUUGUAUCCUGGGCUGCAUCCAAAGCAGCAUGGCCAGCAGGGGAAGGAGGGGAUUCUGCUCCUCUGCUCUGCUCUGUGAGACCUCACCUGCAGUGCUGCACACAGCUCUGGGGCCCUCAGCACAUGCAGGACAUUGACAUGUUUGCAUAGAUCCAGAGGAGGCCACCAAGGCCAUUAGAGGGAUGGAACACCUCUCCUGUGAGGAAAGGCUGAGAGCAUUGGGAUUGUUCAGCCUAGAAAAGAGAAGGCUUUGGGGUGACAGAAUUGUGGCAUUCCUACCUGGAAAGAACCUGCAAGAAAGACCGAGACAGACUUCUACACAGCAUGCAGUGACAGGGCAGUGGGGAAUGGAUUCACACUGAAAGAGAGUGGGUUUAGGUUAGAUAUUAGGAGGAAAUCCGUUUUCUUUGAGGGUGGUGAGACACUGGAGCAGGUUGCCCAGAGAAGCUGUGGAUGUCCCAUCCCUGUCAGUGUUCAAGAACAGGUUGGAUGGAGCGCUGAGCAACCUGGUCUAGUGAAAGGUGACCCUGCCAGUGCUGGGGUGAUCUUCAAGGUCUCUUCCAAGCCAAACCACUCUAUGAUUUUGUGAUUUCCAAUAAAUAUGUUCAUUCUGUGUUUCAGAUCACUGAUAUAUUAUUUUUCUCUAAAAUUCUAUGAAGAUAUGACAUUCCCCUCUUUCUUAAGAGUAUAAGCAUUAAGAUACUAUAAAAUACUUAUGUUACUCAAAACCCAUAGGCUACUCUUACCAAAGUAACAUAAACAUAAAAUAUUUCAUAACACCAAACAAGUACAAAUAUACCUUUUAUAAAUGUGCAAUAACAUACAAAAAGACUAAAAUUCUUGCUAAUUGUAGUCAUAUUUAUUUUAACUACCACAAUUGAAGUUUUUUUUCAUUUGUAUGUCUAGAUAUUUUACUGAUAUUAUUUCAAUGUACUUGCAAGUUCACUUUUUUGUAUGUAAAUUAGCUUAUGUCUCUUAUUGUGUUUCAUUUUGAGGUGACUCAUUCUCACCUUCAUAAAAUAUCUCUUGGAAAUAAGUAAAGUAUGUUG